CAGACAAGGCUGACUAGGUGGCUUAUGCAUCAUCACAGAUUAACACUCACUCAAAAUCCAGCACCCAACAAAAACCCUUCUCACUGAUCCUCAGAAAAAAAGCUCAGAAAAUUCCCCAAAAACUCAUAAAUCAUCUCUCAUCAAAACCCACAAAAAAAAAAAUAGAAUUUUGAUUAGAAGUAGAGUAAUUUGCAUAUUACCCACAUUUUUUUUCUCUAUUCUCUAGCUUCUUCCAGCAAGGUGGGGAAGCAAUAAUCAUCAAUGGCGUGUGUUUCUAGGUCAGUAAUAUCAGUUGCAGCAAAUAGUUGCAGCAGCAGCUCAUUAUUCUCAUUCAAGACUAAUAAUUUUAGUAGGAAAAUUGGGCGAAUUGAUGCUUCCAAAUUCAAAAUUCGAGCUUCUUCUAAUGAAGCCGAGGAUUGCAAUGAUGAAGAAUGUGCCCCUGAUAAAGAGGUGGGAAAGGUCAGUGUGGAAUGGUUAGCUGGAGAAAAGACAAGGGUGGUGGGAACAUUUCCACCACGGAAAAAGGGUUGGACAGGCUAUAUAGAGAAAGACACUGCUGGUCAAACAAAUAUAUAUUCAGUUGAGCCAACGGUAUAUGUGGCAGAAAGUGCUAUCAGCUCAGGAACUGCGGGUUCUUCUUCAGAUGGUGCAGAGAACACGUCAGCUAUCGCCGCGUUUCUAGGACUGUUCUGUGUUGCAGGUGCCGCAUCAAUUCUACUGCAGGUUGGUAAAAAUCCGCCCCAAAUGCAGACAACUGUGUACUCUGGACCAGCACUAAGCUACUAUUUGAACAAGUUCAAACCCGCUGAAAUCAUCCAAGCUUCCAUAUCUAACCAAAGUGAAACUUCCCCAGCCAUUGAGUCUAGCCAAAGUGAAAAUUCCCCAGCCACUGAGUCUAGCCAAGGUGAAAAUUCCCCAGCCACUGACUCUAGCCAAAAUGAAAUUUUGUCAGCCACUGAGUCUCAAAACUCGACCCCUGAAGUUCCAGAAGUACCAGUAGAGUCCAGAGCUGAGCUAGAACCUUCUGUUCCUAAUGCAGAGAACGCCUCCUAGAUGAAUCAGGUGUUGUUUUUCUUUUGUAUAAUUGUAUAAGCCUGCAAUUUUCUUACCCAUGUAAAGCAACUGCUUGUACGGUUCAUAUGUAUGACUGAAUGAGAGAGAUCUUUUAUAUAGCAGUACAUAAUUCCUCUA